AUGUUGAAGGAAGGAAGAGACCAUUCACGUAAAUUAGGUUCAUAUAGAAGGGAUACUUCUAGAUCUAGUGCCAAUAGUUCAAAAUUAGCUGAUAGAUUUAGCGGAUUUCUUCCGAGUUUCAGUUCUAAAUUUCUCCAUUCAAAACCACAACAACCACCUGAAAUCAAAGUGACUUUGGAAGAUAAACUAGCCCCAUCUGUGAUGCAAUCAAGCAACAUUCCUGUGAAUCCACCUGGUAAUAUUCUAUCCACCCCAGAACCAGAGCCACCAAUUCAAUUUCCAACUUCAUCAAAUACAAUAAUACUAGACUCUCCUAUUAAAAAUAGACAAAGAACAAAUACAGCUCCAAUUAAUUGGGAUUCUAUUCCAACUACACAUUUAACCAGAACCACUACUAAUUAUAGUGAAAAAUCUAUAUGGACGUCUAAUGAAAUAAACAAUUCCUCGGCAAACAUUCCAAUAUUGAGUAAUAAACCCUUGAAUAACAAAACAACUAACACUACAUACUUAAACCCUAAUCAUUCUCAAUUUAAUACAGGCAGAAAAAGAUCCCAAACCAUGGCAUCAUACGGUAUACCCCAGAGUAUUAUAUCUAAUUCCCAACAUGUUCCGGAUUCUAUAAAUAUGUCAUUAAUGGGUAACAACAACAAUAUAAGCAACACUGUUAAUAUACCUCUUAUGCAAGACGAUAUAGAUCCAUUUAGUUUAGUAUGGAUCACUACAAAUCAGAAAAAUAUUCCUCAUAUCAACUUGGUUUCGGCAGUUCCUUCUAGUUCCACAAUAGCAAUAUCUAAUAUCUUCCCUAUGCAGUGGAAUAAUGGCUGGAAUACCAUUCCUAACUUGACUAGUGUCACUUUAGCCACUAUUUUUUCCCAAUUUGGUCGUAUUUUAUCUGUUAGAACAUUGAAAGAUUUAUACGUAAGUUUAAUUGAGUUUGAAAAUAUUGAACAUGCAUUAUUAGCCAUGGAUGCGAUGCAAGAUAAGGAAAUUUCAAUGGUUGGUGUACCUUGUAAGAUUACCUUUGCAAAAAUCUUAUCUUACGCAAAUCUAGUAAUCGAUCCAAAUCUGCAGCAGAAACCACAUUCUAUCAUGGAAGAAUGUAUCUUAAAUGGAACUGUACAAUUUCAAGUACAACCGAAUGGAUUACAAAUUCCACUAUAUAAUGAUCAGUAUAAUCCCGCACUUCCGUUAAUGUUAUCAUCUAAUACAAUUACUAAAACUAUUCCAUCUGAACAAGAAACCAGUCCCUUCCCCUUACCUCCAUCAUCGAUAGAGACCCAUAGAGAUGAAGUUUUAAAGAUUAUUAGAGAACUUUGUUCAAACGAUGUACAUAUGGAUGAAAAUCGUGCAAAUGCAAUGUUAGAAAGCGGUCUAAAACUUUUACCAUGCGCAGAUAUGAGUAAUUUCGGAUCUAUGCCUGAACCUGUUAAACAGAGACAAUUUGAGACACCAAAAUUACGUGAAAUUAGAAAAUCAUUGGAUAACAAUCAGUUAACCGUGUUGGAAAUCGAGCAGUUAGCUCUAUGUAUGCUAGAUGAAUUACCUGAACUGAGUCUUGAUUAUUUAGGAAAUACAAUUGUACAAAGAUUAUACGACAAAUGUGAUGAUUUAAUCAGAGAUAUAAUCUUACGAAAAUUGAAAUCUUAUAUGAGUAUAUUUGGUAUACAUAAGUCUGGGACUUGGGUUUGUCAAAAAUUGAUCAAAACAGCUAGAAUAGCAAGACAUAUAAUGUUCAUUAUAGAUGGUGUUGAACCCUACUGUGCUGCUUUAUUCAAUGAUCAGUUUGGUAAUUAUGUGAUUCAAGAAGUAGUGAAAUUUGGACCACAAUGGAACCAGUUUAUCUUUAGUAAUAUAAUAGCCAAUUUUUGGACGAUUUGUGUGAAUCGAUAUGGGGUUCGUGCAAUCCGUGCAUGUCUAGAAACGACUAAUGGGAAAGUAACGGAUGAACAGUUAGUUAUAAUAGGUAGUAUCGUUGUGGUAUAUGGAGAAUACUUAAUAACAGACCACAAUGGAACUUUAUUAAUUACAUGGCUUCUAGACACAUUAAAUUUUAAUAACAAAUAUUUGUUAUUAACCAAACAUAUCCUUCCAUAUCUUUCAGACCUGUGUUGUCAUAAACUGGGAUCAUUGACUGUAUUAAAGAUAUUAAAUUCAAGGGGCAAUGAGUUGUCUAAGAAAUUAAUCAUUGAGAAAAUAUUCAAUUUUCAUGAUACUAAAGACAUCACUAAGACAUUACGUUAUAUACUAAGAGACACUACAUCACAAGGUCCUUCUUUCUUGUACAAAAUGAUAUCAUCCAGGUUAGUACUAGAUUAUGAACACAAGGAAGUUGCAAUUCAACAGAUAAGGACUGUACUAUUGGAAAAUCCCCCUAGGCAUCCACAUCACCGUCUAAUGGAAGAGAUUGGCUUGAUAACUACGUCUGCAACAGCCUCUAGAUGGUAA